CCCCGCGCGCCCCGCCCCGCCAGCUCGGAACUCGCCUGGGGCGCCGCCGGAGGCGGAGGGAGCGUGACUGCGCUGCGCAGGGCGCUAGGAGGCAUUGUCGCCGCUCAGGCCCUUUUGUGAGCAGCAGACCAGCCUGGGGGCUGGCGGCAGGACACCUGUGUCUGCAUGCUGAAGAAGAUGGGUGAGGCCGUGGCCAGAGUAGCAAGGAAGGUCAACGAGACGGUGGAGAGCGGCUCUGACACUCUGGACCUGGCCGAGUGCAAGCUGGUCUCCUUUCCCAUUGGCAUCUACAAGGUCCUGCGGAAUGUCUCCGGCCAGAUCCACCUCAUCACCCUGGCUAACAACGAGCUUAAGUCCCUCACCAGCAAGUUCAUGACCACGUUCAGUCAGCUCCGAGAGCUCCACCUGGAGGGGAACUUCCUACACCGCCUCCCCAGCGAGGUCAGUGCCCUGCAGCACCUCAAGGCCAUUGACCUGUCUCGGAACCAGUUCCAGGACUUCCCUGAGCAGCUCACCGCCCUGCCGGCGCUGGAGACCAUCAACCUGGAGGAGAACGAGAUCGUAGAUGUGCCCGUGGAGAAGCUGGCCGCCAUGCCAGCCUUGCGCAGCAUCAACCUCCGCUUCAACCCACUCAAUGCCGAGGUGCGCGUGAUCGCCCCGCCGCUCAUCAAGUUUGACAUGCUCAUGUCUCCGGAAGGCGCAAGAGCCCCCCUACCUUAGGCCACCCUCCUCAUGCCCACCCAGCAAGGGACAGAGGCCACUGGCCUGGAACCCUGGAAGGGAGGGAGGCCCAUGGGAGGCCAAGCUUGGGGGCUGGGGGCGGGUGGGCCGAGCAGCACGUGGUGGGUGGGGUGCAGCUGGUCUGGAUAGAUAGCUUACAGCAGUAGUGGGCUCUGGAAUGCCCAAGGGAAGAGGCAAGGUGGGGCCUGCAGCCUGGACUCGGCACUCACAGCUGCUGUGCAAACUCAGGCAGAUCUCCUGCCCUCUCUGAGCCUUGUUACUUGAAAAAAAAAAGGACCCUUUACCUCCUUUGGGCUCCCUGGAGGUUUUUAAGCAGUACUUGCCUCCAAGUUACCUCGAGAUCAGCAGGCACAGGUGGGCAUUGCCGGGUAUUUUCUGAGCCCCUGUGGGUUUGAGGCCUUGUUUUUAGUGCUGAGAGCCAGUCGCUGCCCUGAGAAGAGAAGACAAUCUCCAUCUAUUUAUUGCUUCCUGAGAACUGACCUGGAUGCGGCCCUCCGCAGGGCCCAGUCUUCAGUCCUGUGGUCCCUGAACUGGUGGGAACCUGAACUAGGAGUCCUGGGACAGCUGUGGUGGGAAUAUGGGCUGGCACUGCUGCAGGGCAAGAACAUUCACGUAGGAGCCCGAGGACCAGCAGGCUGGGAAUGGGGAGCAAGUCAUGUCAGCUCUGUCGUUCCCCACAGUUAACAAAUUGGCGGGGUGGGAAGUCCUGAGUGCUCCAUCCCUCUAGCGUCACUCCUGAGCUGCGGGAGAGGUGGCCCAGAGAACAGCAGAGCCAAUUGCACCUGCAGCUCUGGUCUAAAGUGAUUAGAUGGCCACCCUCACUACCAUCCCAUCCAGCAGCAGCCUGGCUGCCUUGUCAUGGCCCCCUGGGGGCAGAAGGCAAUGUGGACCACGGGAUUUGUAGCCAGCCAGCUCCCAGGCCAAAGCCCAAAGCCCUAGUUCUUUUGAGGCCCUCAACCUGGCAUCUUAGGGUG